UUCAAUCGAUGUUUCUGCGCUCGAUUAUUCCUAGUUGAAAAGCGGCAGAUGUGUUCACUUCGCCAGUGUAGCUACAAAUAAAUAUUAUCUUGGACCGAAACAUCAACAUCUCACCCGAAGUUGCAUCAAAUACAUAGUUAAGUUUUCGCCACAGGUUUUCCAGGUCUUGAUGGAACAGAGCAGUUUUUUCCCGCAGUGAGAGGGAAGAAGCCGUCCUUUUCUGUUUUUGGCUGAAGUUUGGAAUUUGUCCGGCUCAGAGGGAGGCAGAGACUGUGGCCUAGAGCGGCUGCAAGAGGAGGGGAAGGAGGGAGGAGAAUGGAACGAGCCCACAGUUUGCUCCUGAACGAGGAGGCAUGCAGCCAGUUGGGAGAACACCAGAGGGCUGAAUUUGUCUUUGAGUGGCUGCGCUUCCUGAAGAAGCUGCUCCCUGCUGCAGACAGGGCGGAUGUGAAGAAGAACCAGAAGUGUCUGGUCGAACAGUUGACUGGGAUUCUGAUUGGUUCUCCGGGCCCCCCGACCCGAUGGCUCCUAGCCCACUGCCUGGCCCUGCUCUACAGGGUGGGAGACUCACUCACCUCCAGCCACACGGUGGACAGGUGCAAUGACAUCAUCCGCAGCAAGGACGACUCACCCAGCUACCUGCCAACUCGACUGGCAGCCAUUGCCUGUCUGGGUGCCCUUUAUGAACAGCUUGGCCGUUUGCUUGUCAACACAUUUAAAGAGACUUUGGCAAAUUUGUUGAAGGCCAUAAAGUCUGCAGAGUCCCAGGGCCGCUAUGAGAUCAUGCUGAGCGUGGAGAAGAUCCUGAGGGGCCUGGGGGUCAGCGCCGUGCCCUGUCACAGAGACAUCUACAAGGCUACACGCGCCUGUCUCACCGACCGCUCCAUGGCCGUGCGCUGUGCUGCCGCCAAGUGUCUUCUGGAGCUGCAGAGAGAGGCUGUGUUUCUGUGGACUUCAGAGUUGGAGAACGUAGCCACGCUCUGCUUCAGGGCGUUUGAGAGCUCUAACUACGAUGUGCGUGUGGCCAUCUCCAAACUGCUGGGUACCCUGCUGGCCACAGCCGUAGAGCCCAAACAACCCACUGCUCACAGACAGGGCUCCAGACGCAGCUCCUUGGAGGAGGUGAUGGAUCUGCUGACUGGGGGGUUCCUGCGUGGUGGGGCUGGCUUCCUCAGGGCCAGUGGAGACAAGCUCAAAGGAACCAGCUCUGUUAGCAAAGACAUCCGCAUCGGCAUCACUCAGUCGUGUGUGGUGUUUGUGUCGUGUCUGGGCGGCGUGUGGCUGGAGGCCAACUUCUCCGCCCUGCUGGUCCUGCUCAUGGAGCUGGUGUCUCAAACACGGGCCACCCAGACUCCCGCAGAUGCCGUGUGCUGCAGACGCUGCAUCUCCUUCAUCCUCAGGGCCACACUGGGCUCUCUGCUGGGGGAGAAGGCCCAGAUUGCUGCUGCCAAGGAGAUCUGCCUGGCCAUAGGCAAACAGAAGAGGGCCGUGGAUGCGGCCAUGUGUGAUGGGAAUGUGGAGACGCGGGUCACCACCACAGACGUAGCUGCCAGUCAGCAUGUGUUGGUGUGUGCCCUGCUGGAGCUGGGUAGCCUGGUACAGGGCCUGGCCUCUACUGCUGCAUCGCUACUCACUGACACCAGCACAGCCCUGCUGGACACGGUGAUCUCAGUUCUGCUCCACCCCAGUGUGUCAGCACGGUUAGCGGCUGCUUGGUGUCUACGCUGUGUGGCCGUGGCCCUGCCUUCCCAGGGGGCCGUGUUGUUGGACCGCUGUGCAGAGAGACUCAACGCCCUCAAGUCCUGCCCCGAGGCCGUGGCCGGGUACAGUUCCGCUAUCGCCGCCCUGCUGGGGGCAGUGCAGCACUGCCCACUGGGCAUCCCCCACACUAAAGGCAAUGUGGUGAUGGGUCUGGCCGAGGACCUGCUCCGUUCAGCCACUCAGAACAGCCGCAUCUCCAUCCAACGCACACAGGCUGGCUGGCUGCUGCUCUCCUCCCUCAAUACCCUAGGUCCAGCGGUGGUUGAGCACCACCUCCCCAGGAUGCUGGUGCUGUGGAGGUGUGCCUUCCCUCCCUCCAUCAGAGACCUGGACAUGGAGCUCCGCCGUGGGGACCACUUCACCUGGCAGGUCACCCUGGAGGGCCGCGCCGGGGCGCUGUGUGCCAUGAAGAGCCUGGUGAUUCACUGCAGAGAUCUCCUAACUGAUGAUGUCAUAGGUCGUCUCCUGACCCCCCUGGCCUGUGCUGUGGCUCUGCUCACCAAGGUGCCUACUCUGAUCAAAUCCUAUGGAAACCUGAUUAAAAACACCUCAGUAGUCUUCAGACUGAGGGUCUAUGAGAUCCUGGCUCUGUUGCCCCCAAAGACAUACGAAGAGAGUUUUGGCAUCGUGCUGAAGCAGCUGGUGACAGACAUCACUGGGCCAGAGAACGUGGUGUGUUCAGAGCUGACGUUACUACCACCCCUCUGUCACAGUGAUGACCUGGCACUACUGGGCCCCGCUCUGCAGGACAUGGACCAGCACUACAUAGAAGAGCAGUUACAGGGGAGCAGUGUUGGAGGAGGGACCCUGGAGUACGACACCUUCACCAUCUGUGUGAAAUGCCAGGAUGUUCCCGCCCCCCUACCCCCGCCUGCUGCCCUAACCACAGCUGCCAUACAGCUCUUUGGAGUCAUUUUUCCCCACAUCAUCGUCCCACUGAGAACACAGAUUCUGGAACAGUUCACAGAGUCUCUGAAGCAGUUGAAGGGUGUUCGUCAGCAGACUGUCCAGACUCAUGUGACUGCCGCCCUCUGCAGUGUCCUAAAGCACCUAGGCUCCAGUCGGGUAGGUUUGGGUCCAGAAGAGGUUCGGAAGCCAGCUCUGGGUCUGUUGGUGGGGGCUCUGGAGAGCUCGAACCCCCUGCUGCGCUGCAUGGCUGCUGAGGGACUGUCUCGCUUGGUACAGGUGGUCAACGACCCUGCAUUCACCGUCUCCAUGACCCUGGUCAGCUUCGACAAGUUGAAGACAGCCCGGGAUGCUGUGACUCGUACGGGUCAUGCCCUGGCGCUGGGUUCCCUGUACCGCUAUGUAGGGGGCAUCAGCUCUCCCCAGCACUUGUCUGCCUGUGUGGGCAUCCUCUUCACCCUGUCCCAGGACAGCACCUCCCCUGAGGUCCAGAGGUGGGCGCUGCACUCUCUGUCCAUGGUGAUAGAUCAUGCUGGUCCUUUGUACCAUGGCCAUGUGGAGGCUAGCUUCACCCUGGUGCUGAGGUUGCUGCUGUCUAUCCCCCCUACCCACGUAGAGGUCCACCAGAGCCUGGGCCGCUGCCUCAACGCCCUCGUCACCACCCUGGGACCUGACCUACAAGGCGAGGGCCAGUCUGUGUCGGCCCUGCGGACGUCGUGCCUGGUGGGCUGUGCGGUGAUGCAGGACAGUCCAGACUGUCUAGUCGAGGCCCAGGCCAUCUCCUGUCUGCAGCAGCUGCACAUGUUCGCCCCGCGCCACGUCAACCUGGCGAGCCUGGUGCCCAGCCUCUGUGGAAUCUUGUUGGAUUAUUCUAUGUUGGUGAACCUGUGCAGCUCGUACCUGUCUCUGCGUCGUGCUGUGGUGGCCUGUCUCAGACAGCUGGCCCAGAAGGAAGCCCUGGAGGUGUCUGAGCAUGCUGUGGCCCUUGUCAAGGAGCUGCCCCGCAGGGACAACACACAUCUUGAUGUGACCAUUAAGGAGGUGGGUCUGGAGGGGGCUCUGUUCAGCCUGCUGGACCGGGAGUCAGACCCCCGUCUCUGUCAGGACAUCCAGGAGACUCUGGUCCAUAUGAUGAGUUCCAUCGCCACUGGGAAACUGGCCCACUGGCUCAAACUCUGCAAAGACGUCCUGUCUGCCUCUGCAGAAUCCACAGCCCCGGUAGAGACCAACCAGGAGGAGGAGGGAGAGAGGGACGACGACGCGUCAGUCUUCCACACCACGUCAGAGUCCAGCGGGCCCUUCACCAACCUGCGCUGGUCCACGCGGGUCUUCGCUGUGGAGUGCGUGUGUCGCAUCAUUGCCCUGUGUGAGAGCCACGGACACCCUGCCCACUUCGACAUGGCCCUGGCCCAGGAGCACCGCCUGCAUGAGUCCACCGACUUCCUGGUCCUUCACCUGGCUGCCCUGAUCCGCAUGGCCUUCAUGGCCGCCACUGACCACAGUGACAAGCUGAGGCUCUCUGGCCUACAGACUCUACUGGUCAUCAUCCGCAAGUUCGCUGCCAUCCCAGAGCCGGAGUUCCCUGGCCACGUCAUCCUGGAGCAGUAUCAGGCUAACGUUGGAGCUGCUCUGAGACCAGCCUUUACUGCAGACGCACCUCCUGAUGUGACAGCCAAAGCCUGCCAGGUGUGCAGUGCGUGGAUCGCCAGUGGGGUGGUCAGUGAUCUGAGGGAUCUGAGGAGGGUGCAUCAGCUCCUGGCCUCUUCGCUGGUCAAGGUCCAGGCAGGGAAGGAGGUGCCCAGUCAGCUCUACAAUGAGGGAACAUCCACCAUGGAGACACUGGCUGUGCUCAAGGCCUGGGCUGAGGUGUACAUUGUGGCGGUGCAGAGCAGCAGUAGACCGAGGGAGAGCCCCAUCCCAGGGCCAGGCCCAGGGAGGCAGGGUGAGCAGGCUGCUUCUCCCUUGCUAGAGGAGGACUGUGGGGGGGCUGGAGGGCCAGGGCUGCUGACGCUGGUCCAGACUGACCUGGCUACGCUGAGCCGUCUGUGGCUGGCUGCCCUACAGGACUACGUUCUCCUCACCCUCCCCCAGGACUACUCGGCACAGCUACCCGCUACAGGAGGGACAUUCUACACAGCAGAGACAGCGGAGCAGGCCAGACCCCACUACUGCAGCUCCUGGGCUCCCAUCCUCCAUGCCACGGCCUUGUGGCUCAACAGCACUGGUUUCAUCAUGGUGGACGACAGCCCUGCCAACCUGUCCCGGCCCGUCACCCCCACCUCCAUGGGCCAGUCCACCUCCCUGGCCUCCGUCAAGUCCCCUGAGGACAUCAGCUCUGACCGACUCCACCUCAUCCUGGGCAUCAGUGUGGAGUUCCUGUGCUCUCCUCACUCCCAUGACCAGAUGGAGAACAUCUCCUCCUGCCUCCAGGCCCUGCAGGCUCUGCUAGAGGUCUCCUGGCCCCGGUCAAAAGUCGGCAAUGACCAGGUGUUGAGUGUGGAACUGCUGAGCGUGCUUCACAGGCUGAUAGUGACGCGGGAGGCCCCAGGGGUGCAGCUGGCCGUGCUGGAACUGGUUAGACAGGUGGUGUGUGCUGCCCAGGAGCACGUCAAGGAGAAACGCCACAGUGCUGAGGUGGAUGACGGGGCAGCAGAGAAGGAGACGGUUCCUGAGUUUGGGGAGGGCCGGGACACCGGCGGCCUGGUUCCAGGCAGGUCUCUAGUGUUCGGGGCCCUGGAGCUGUGCCUGUGUGUGCUGGUGCGUAAACUGCCCCAGCUCAGCCCCAAGCUGGCCGGCAGCCCCAGCGGGGGCCAGGGAGGUUCGUCCUUGAGUCUGAGUGACAGUGACUGCAGACAAGUGGCGGCUGCUCUGGCCAUCCUGUCUGACCUGCCAUCCAUCUGCUCUCCUGACGGUAGUGUCUCCAUUCUGCCUACACUAAUGUACCUGUUGAUGGGGGUGCUGAGGGAGUUGGUCCAGCAGCCUUGUGGUGGUGGAGCUGGGGGUGGUGAGGCUCUGGGCCUGGUAGUGCCUGCAGCUCUGCAGGCCCUGAGAGCUGUGCUCUCCUCCCCUAUGAGUCGCUCAGAGAAGAGCCGCGGGGCCUGGGCCCACCUGCUGCGCUGUGCUCUCAACACCCUGCUGGACUUCUGGGAUUCUGAUAAGCCCAACCCUGUGGUGGAUGAGGUCAGUCUGUUGACAGCUCUCACCAUCUUCCUGCUGACUGCCAGUCCUGAGGUCACCACAGCCCAGCCACUGCAGACACGCUGCAUAGACAAGUUUAAAGCCAGUCUGGAGUCUAAGGACCCUGUGGUGCUCAGCAGGAGUUACCAGUUGAUGAUGUCAGUGUUCCAGAGCAAGACAGGGGUGGCGGUGCCCUUCAUCCAGGGCCUGGGGAGCUGUGUGGUGGGACACCUGCAGGGGGUGGAGAGGAGGAGGCCCCAGAGCUCCAAAGAGCUCCAGGCCAUCCAGGAUGGUGUCAGGGCCCUAGAGUCUCUGGUGUUCGCUGCCGACGAGAUGCACCGUCCCCAGCUAGUGGCCAUUCUCCUUCCCAUCCUCAUCUCCUUUCUACUGGAUGAGAAUGCCCUGUCCUCUGCCCCCGCGCCCGCCCGCACCCUGCAUGAGUCAGCCCUGCAGGACCUGAUGCGCAUCGGCCCCCAGCACUCGUCCGUCUUCAAGGCCCUCAUGGCCUCUUCGCCCCACAUGAAAGCCAGGCUGGAGGCUGCUGUAAAGGGCAACCAGGAGAGUGUCAAUGCCAAGGCCACACAACUUCAAGUACCCAGCAAGACCUCUCCCAGCAUUCAACUCAAGACCAAUUUUCUGUGAGCCUUUAUAUAGUGAAAUGAAUGCUUAGUUAUCGUGAGCGGACAAGAAACAGCCACACGUUAUAUUAUAGUGUCGUUAUCAUAGUAGCAUACUUACCGCAUUAGGAUUGUAAUAAUCACUAAAGCCAGGCACAGAUCAAGGACAGGACAGUGCAGUAUUUCAUCAUUUUAGUUUGGCAGGCAGUCAAAAUGAAGUUUUGGACGUUAAGUUUAAUUUCAUGGUACAAUAGGUGUUCAUUUGAACUGUUUAACCUCUAUGAGGGAAUGACAACAGAGUAAAGACAAUGUUAUCAUUGGAUGUAGAUUCCUAACCAGGGAGCUCAAAUGCUGCUGGUAGGUCUUACAGACAGCAAAGGUCUGGGGUUGGAGUCGUAGCCCAUCUGGGGUUGGAGUCGUAGCCCAUCUGGGGUGUAUUCAUUAGUGCAAAGUGUAGCAAAACAUUUUGCAACAGAAAACAAAAACAAGUGCUUCUUGAAGGAGAAAUUCAGGUAGGUCCCUCCACGUUUCGGUCCAUUUUUCUUCUGUGUGAAUACACCCCUGUUCAAUCAGUGAGGGAAACAUUAGUUAACUUCUAACUAUAUAAUUUCUAUUCACAUCUAAACUUUGCGUGGCAUCCACAUGCUUGGAUGUCUACAUUAUUAGUUUUGUGUUAGAUUACAUAUCAUUUGAAUGGCUGUCAUCAUAUUAAGUAGAGGCAGAAUGUAUAUACACACACACACACACACACACACACACACACACACACACACACACACAAACACAAACACA